AUGUCUUCAUCUCAGUUGCUGCUAGCAGCAGCUCUCUUCUUAGCAGCUGUUCUUGGGGGUUCUAAUGCUCAGCUCAGCGCGACGUUCUACGAUACCUCGUGCCCAAAUAUAUCUAGUAUUGUGCAGGGUAUCAUUGAGCAGGCUCAGAACAGCGAUGUUCGAAUUAAUGCCAAGCUGAUUCGCCUCCAUUUCCAUGAUUGUUUUGUCGAUGGAUGCGAUGGAUCGAUUUUGCUGGACAAUGCAGAUGGUAUAGCGAGCGAGAAAGACGCGAGCCCGAAUAUAAACUCAGUAGACGGAUUCUCAGUAGUCGACGACAUCAAAACCGCACUGGAGAAUGUCUGCCCAGGCGUCGUCUCCUGCGCUGAUAUUCUGGCCAUUGCAUCCCAAAUUUCGGUUUCCUUGGCAGGAGGUCCAACAUGGCAGGUCUUAUUCGGUAGAAGGGAUAGUACGACAGCUAACCAAGCUGGGGCUAAUAGCGAUAUCCCAACCCCACUUGAAACCCUUGAACAAAUCACACAGAAGUUUACCAAUAAGGGACUUGACUCCACUGAUUUAGUCCCAUUAUCGGGUGCACAUACAUUUGGGCGCGCCCAAUGCAGAACUUUCAGCCAUCGCCUUUACGACUUUAACAGCUCAAGCAGUCCUGAUCCGACCAUCGACGCAACAUACCUGCAGACCCUUCAAGGAACGUGCCCUCAAGACGGGGAUGGAACCGUUGUGGCGAAUCUCGACCCCUCGACUCCAAAUGGCUUUGACAAUGACUACUUUACAAACCUUCAAAACAACCGAGGGCUUCUGCAGACUGAUCAAGAGCUGUUUUCAACUACUGGGGCUGACACCAUUGCCAUUGUAAACCAGUUUGCCAGCAGCCAGAGCGAGUUCUUUGAUGCCUUUGCUCAGUCCAUGAUAAAUAUGGGGAAUAUUAGCCCUUUGACGGGGAGCAAUGGGGAGAUUAGAGCUGAUUGCAAAAGGGUCAAUGCAUGA